GGGUCCCUGCAGUUGACCAUGGUUUCACAGAGCUCUCAGUCUGUCUUGGAAGAAGUUACCACCUAAGAGUGUCUGUUGCUGUCUUUGAUGUUCUCCCUUGGGCAUUCUAUGAUGUUACCCAGAAAGAAAUCCAGCAAACAGUAAGAGAAAAGCCAUUUCAUCCUGACAUUGGCUCUUUCUGUGAUUCUUGUCACACUUCACCACACCCUGCAUCUUAUUCCACAAUGAAAGAUGUACAAAUUUCGUACCAAGAGGAUAAAAGCUGCUGUUGGAUAUAUGUGGACUUCAAAUCUUUGCAAGAUCAGGCAAUCUCUCAAAAAUGUUUAUCAAAAAUGUAAGAUCCAGCACCAAGAUUCAACCAUCAGAUACCCAACAAUGACUUAUGACUGUGACCAAAAUAGCAUCAGUUCAGAUGAAGAAAUGAAUCUUAAAGUACUGCUCCAAGAUAUUAAAACUACCCAAAUUGAACUCCUCAGCAAAAUGACUGACAUUGUCAGUGCAGUAUCAAAAGUCCAGGAAAAGAUUGACCACUAUGAGAAGCAGGUAGAGGCCCUAGAAACCAGACUGAAUGCUAAUGAAGACAAACAAUUCACAACCACUAAAGAUGUCCUACUUGUAAAAGAAGACACAAGUACUUUAAAGAACAAGGUGGCAGAACUGGAAAACCAGAAAUCUGGGGCCAGCAUAUAUUGUUUAGAAGUUCUGGAGAGAGAAAAAGAUAAAGAAAUUAUAGAACUGCUUCACAAAUUUAUACAACUGGAAACUAUGAAGGAUGCCACAGCUUGUGUGGACUCUGAAAUCUCUACAGCAGAACCAAGGAAAGUGCCUAGUUAUCCAGAGCCCGCUGAGCAUCCUGAAGAAAAGGAAAUCUCUCCAAAGAUUAAAACUCUGAGGAAAAGUAAUCCCCAAAAAGUACCUAGAAGCCUUAAAAGAGCAAAGUCAAAUAUUAAUAUUUACCCAGACUUUGGUACCUGGAUCAAGCUAACUUCUGUUCAUGGAGGAAAGUGGACAUUUUUCCUCAAGGCUACCAAGUUAAAGGACUUCAUCAAGUGGCUUCUUUCUACACCAACACUCCUUCCUGAGGAGCCACAGAUCAUACCCAAGAGAGAAUUUCCACUCUCCAGACCUAUUGCAAGCUUGAGCGCAGUCUGUCUGUCUCUUUUCAACUAUAUUUGCUGCCUUUUUGGUUCUUCAAAAGAGGAAGUAACUAGACUAUAGAGUGUUUUUCUUUUCUCCUUUGCUUAGUACAAAAUAAAUGUAAUCAGUUGGCUAUAAGCAUUCACA